GUGCGUGGGAGAGGCCGAGAAAUGACAGCUUGUGGCGGCUAAGGAACAGGAUCUGCCGGUUGUAGGUGAUCAGUUCGUACGCUGCCCGCCUCGCCGACGACUUCCGACCAGAUUCUGCACAGUCCCGCUUCCUGGUUCACGGAGAAGACAACCCGUUAGGAGGGAGAGGCGCACCCGAGGAAUUGGCCGUGAUUCACUGCAGGUCGCUGCAGCCCGUCAGGCACUCUCACAAGUUGCGGCUGACCAACGGGCCGCUGCGUGUCAGCUGAAGAGAAUUCCAUGGAGGUGGAAGGGUCAUGGAGAGAAGUCUUUAAGGGGGCAGACAGUGCCAAGAACACCUGCACAGAUGUUCAGAAUAACCCCAGUAUUAGGACCUCAGCUGUGGAAACUUCAGCCUUAUGCCGGUCCCUGCCAGUCAGCAUCCAUCAGAACAGAUCCAAAGAAGGAGAGUCACCCGCUUCGUCAGUGCCCUCAAUACCCAAUCCCUUCCCAGAGCUCUGUAGUCCCUCCCACUCACCGGUUCUGAUUGGCUCUCCACUUGGACAGGGCAGCUCUCCUGCAGCUGGCACACAUGUGGUGAAGGUCUUUGGGGAAGAUGGUCGCAGCCGUUCGCUCUGGGUUCCCACGGGUGCCGCGGCACGAGACGUCUGCCGCAUGCUGGUGCAGACGGCCCACUGUGCCGACCAGGAGAGCUGGGCCCUUAUAGAGCUGCAUGCGGGCCUCGGGCUAGAGCGCUGCCUUGAAGACCAUGAGACAGUAGUGGAAGUGCAGGCCACCUGGCCACUAGAUGGAGAUAGCAAGCUUUUAUUCAGGAAGAACUACGCCAAAUACGAGUUUUUCAAAACACCCAUGAUGUUCUUUCCGGAACACAUGAUCUCUGACAGCGCUGAUGUCAACAAGGGCAUGACUUCGUCAGAACUCAUCCAGAACCUACUCAACUCGGGUAGCUGUCCAGAGAUCCAAGGGUUCCUGCAAGUCCGGGAGCCCAGCCGCAAGGUGUGGAAGAAGGUCUGCUUCUUUUUGAGGAGAUCUGGCCUCUACUGCUCAACCAAGGGCUCCUCCAAGGAGCCUCGGCAUCUACAGUACGUGGCAGAUUUGGAAGAUCUCAACAUCUACACCGUUACUAACGGACGCAAGCUAUACGGGGCACCCUCAGACUUCACCUUCUGCAUAAAGCCCUGCAGGAACCGCGCUCGCUGGCGGGACAUGAAGCUGCUGGCCGCGGAGAAUGAGCAGACGCGCACCUGCUGGACCACUGCCUUCAGGCUGUUUAAGUAUGGAAAGCAGCUCCAGUGUAACUACCAGCUGUCCCAGUUCACGCGCAGGCAGGAGGGCACUGGGCGCCUGGGUGUCAAGCACUGCAUGUCUGAAGCUUCCUUGGUGGCCAUGGAUUUUUCUGGAAAGGCGGGAGGUCGAGUAAUCGCGAACCCCAGGGAGGCCCAGCACGCCGAGCAGGAGGAGGGCCAGGCCUGGAGGAAGAAGACAGCCCUUCGCUACAGCCUACCCAGCUCCUGCUCCGGCUCCCGCAGCACCCCGAUUCACCAGACCCAGCCGUGGUUCCAUGGUGGGGUGUCACGAGGGGAGGCGCAGAGGCUGAUUGAGGAACAGGGCCUUGUCGAUGGGAUGUACCUGAUCCGUGAGAGCCAGCAGCACGCCAUGUGCUUUGUCCUCUCACUCUGCCACAAGCUGAAGACCAAACACUACCUCAUCAUCCCGUGUGAAGACGGAGGCAGGAGUUACUACACCAUGGAUGACGGCGUGACACUCUUCAUAGACCUUCUGCAGCUGGUGGAGUUCCACCAAAUCAACCGGGGCAUUCUGCCCGUCUGUCUCAAGCACCCCUGUGUCCGGGUUGCCCUGUGACUCCGCCCCAUCGAGCUGACAGAUCAGACCACUCCCCUCUUGAAUCCCAAACCCCGCCAUACCUGCGGUUUCCCUCCAGGAGGUGUGGUUGGGAGAAGGGAUAGAGGAAGACAGUCAAUGAGGAGAUGGAGGGUUUGGUGGAUUUCAGCUUUACUCAGGUCACCCUGAGCCUCCAUGCCUGCAGGCUAGCUGGCCUGGCAUAACCUCACCAUUGGGAUCUGACUCAUCGCUGUUCCAUUUUACGGCCUGGGAUUGGCCGGCUCUGGCGUCAGGGAGCCGGGCUUGUUUUGGCCAUGGGCAUACGGAGAUGUCUCUGUUUCAGGAGAAACAGCGCUCUUGCGUUGGCAUCACGUGAUGCAAUUGGCCACAUGACGCAUUCUGUUGGCACUUCCAUCGUGGUGGAUUCUCAGCAAUUAGCCAAAUGCUGGGGGGCCAGCGCAUGAAAAAAAAGAUGUAGCGAUAAUAGUAGUAAAAAACCUUUGUUAGAAAAAUUGAAAAUGUGCCAUGCCUGUGAAUCCAUAUAGGAUCAGACUCAUGUCAGAUAAGGAGACAUUUAGCAGGGCAUACGGUUUUAAUUGGGGGUGUUGGAACUGAAGCGUGCCCCCAGCAGACAGUCUGGGAGAUGGUGAGAUAAGCGGCAGGCACUGAGAAGAGUCUCCUUACUGUGGAGUCGGGGCAGCAGUGCAGUGUUGCACCUAUUGAUUAUCUUCAAUCUUAGCACCAGUGAGCUGUGUCCUUUCAGGUACAUUUUUAUAUUAACCAAAACAGUCUAGUUAUCACAAUGUUUAUGGCUAUGACUAGUUAUGGACCUGUCAUGAAUUUCAGUCUAAAAUACAUAUUUUUAAUAAUAUUUUUGCUUAAAAUCAUGAAUUUCUGAUUGUCUUGGUUAGCAGAACUGAGGUCCUUGUUUUACCUCAUGCAGAAACACUUGGAUGUCUUAUAGCUCUCCACUAGAGGGAGCACCUAAACACUAAACGGGUUACUUAAUUUAUGCCACUUUUCCUACUGCUGCUGCAAGCUCUGCAUUGGAAAUGAAAGACAGAAAAGAUUGUAUUGAAUAUACAGUAUAUUUCACCAUUCAAGAUUUUGCAUACGCUAAACACAAUACAGUGGAACCUCGGAUUACGAGUAACGCGGUUUACGAGUGUUCCGCAAGACGAGCAAAGAUUUUUAAUAAAUUUUGACUUGGAAACCGAGCAAGUCCUGGUUUACGAGCGCCAAGUAUCAUCAAAAAUCAUAUGGCACAUAUGCGCUCCUUGUUUUUCUUGUUUUUACGUGCGCUCCGCUUCAAAACAGGACGCCGAUCACACGUCAUCACAACUGAACCAAUGGUUAUUCACUUUCUCACGCUGCGGAAUUGUGGGUAAUCGUCUCCCAUGCUCGGUCUCAGUCGGCAUGCCUCACUCGUAUAGUCAAAAUUUAGUAGAAAAG